AAAUUUAUUUCCCUACGUAUGUGUAUUACUUAUCUAUGUUUCUUACAAAAGUCGUUGAAUAUUACUAUUGACCAUAGCUUAUUAUUUAAGACGUGACGUAAGCCAUCAACGAAACGCUAGAGAAAAUAUUUUUGACAAAACAUAAAAUCACAAACUGUGAUAUUUUUUUCCGUCAAAUUUCGAUUAAUAAAUUGAGAGAUGCAUUUGAAAAGUUUUUGGAGAAAUUUUAUCGUAAUUACACAACGAAGAAUAAAAGUGUUGGUUUAAAAACCGAUGAUAAAGCAAUAUGGAAGUCUUUUAAGAAAGUUACACACUGCCUUUUCGACAUGGAUGGGACCGUGCUUGAUUCUGAAGUGUUGUACCACAAGAUCAUACGAGAAAUCUGCGAAAAAUAUGGAAAAGAUUACACGAAGGAUUUACAAACGCGCAUGACCGGCACCACAGAUAGGGAAAUAUGUGUGACGGUUGUGGACUUGUUGAAGUUACCUAUAUCCGUGGACGAAUUCGAGAAGCAGCUCACUGAUUUGGCUCAAAAAUUGUUGCCGAGCGCACCCUUACUGAAAGGUGCCAAACGUCUCCUGACGCACCUACACGAUUACAAGGUGCCAAUGGCUUUAGCUACUAAUUCAACUGAACAAGCGGUCAGACUCCACGCCUUAUCUCGUCCGAAGUUAUUCGGAAUGUUUCAUCACAAGGUUAGCGUUACCGAUCCAGAGGUUAAGCACGGUAAGCCAAAGCCGGACAUUUAUUUGGUUGCCGCUUCGAGAUUUCCCGACAAGCCGAAACCAAUUAAAUGCCUGGUGUUUGAGGAUUCGGUGGUCGGUGUGGAGGCCGCCAUCAAAGCUGGAAUGCAGGUGGUCAUGACCCCUGGACCUCGUCUGCAGCGAGAGCACACCCGUCACGCCACGCUCGUCAUCAAGUCACUCCUGGACUUCAAACCCGAACUCUUCGGUUUGCCGCCCUUUGACAAGACUUUGAAUAAAGCAACAGAAAUAACCAAUAAAUGAGCGUCAACCGUUGAACGGGUUUAUUUGGCGAGCGUCGAUAUUAUUAUAUUUAUAAUUCGAGAGGUGAAAGGUUAUUUAGUUUAAGCGAGAUUUUUGCAACUUUACAAGAGAGCCAUUUAAAGUUUGAAAUUUGGAAAAUAUAUCGUAACAAACAAAAAAACUUCUUCGGCUAUUUCAAUAGUUAAUUGAAGCUUAAUCGAAAACAUUGAACUGUUGAUGCUGAUAUCAAAUAAAACUAACCUUUAAUUACAAAGAUAAAUGUAGCUGGCGUGUUAAGCAAUGCCGCUUUAUACGAAAUUGUCACUAACGAAAUUUCCUUUCGCCCCUCGAUAUAUUGAUGUGGGAUCCUCUAUUUUGGAUUAAUUAAACAGUUGAUUGCUUCACACACAAA